AGUUCUACGUAUCUUGUAGUUAGGUCAUAAGUCAUAACAGUAAAAUAACCUUCACCGAUGUCUUAUUUUUACCGUUAUGACCUAACUAUAAGAUUCUAAUAUGAUUAUAAAUUUGAGGUUAAACCUCUUCCUCUUACGUUAUUUACCCACUUAAAUAUUAGAAUAAAAUGAUACUUAAAAAUAAAAUUGUACAAUUAUAUGAUAAUACCGAUCAUUAAGCCAUAACAUUCGUCCUAUAUUGGGUACCUUGAAAUACUUGAAGCAAAAAAAAGACUGACCACAUCUCCAAGAAACCACUAUCUUGUACUUCACUCAAUUUUCCCCAUCUUUUCGAAUCUUAACUAAUUGUCUUCUUUUAUUUUUACACACACACAUAAAUAUUUUUUUUCUUCAUUUUCCCUGUAACAAUUUUCUCAAUACUAAAGUAUGGACAAUGCAAAUGGCACUUCUUGUAUCCAAAACUCACAUUCUUCUUCCGUUAUCGCGAGCCCUGACGCAAACUUAGGGCGCCAUUUAGCCCGAAGGUUAGUUGAAAUUGGCGUUGAGGAUGUUUUCUCAGUGCCAGGUGAUUUCAACCUCACACUUCUUGAUCACCUCAUUGCUGAGCCAAGGCUUAAGAAUGUUGGUUGUUGCAAUGAGCUUAAUGCUGGAUAUGCUGCUGAUGGGUACGCAAGAUCUCGAGGCGUUGGUGCGUGUGUUGUCACGUUCACUGUGGGUGGGCUUAGUGUGAUCAAUGCUAUUGCUGGUGCUUAUAGUGAGAAUCUUCCUAUUAUCUGCAUUGUUGGAGGUCCUAAUACUAAUGACUAUGGAACUAAUAGAAUACUUCACCAUACUAUCGGAUUACCUGAUUUCAGCCAAGAACUAAGAUGUUUUCAGACUGUUACAUGUUAUCAGGCUGUGAUAAAUAACUUGGAGGAUGCACAUGAACAAAUUGAUAGAGCAAUCUCUACUGCUCUAAUUGAAAGAAAGCCAGUAUAUAUUAGUGUCAGUUGCAAUUUGCCAGCCACCCCUCAUCCAACAUUCAGCAGAGAUCCCAUCCCAUUUUUUCUAUCACCAAGGCUAAGUAGCAAGAAGGGGUUGGAAGCUGCAGUGGAUGCAGCUGUGGCCUUUCUAAGCAAGGCAGUAAAACCAGUGAUGAUUGGAGGGCCAAAGCUAAGAGUAGCUAAAGCUUGUGAUGCUUUUGCUGAACUUGCUGAUUCUUCUGGUUAUGCCAUGGCAAUGAUGCCAUCAGCAAAAGGGCUAGUACCAGAAAAACACCCUCACUUCAUUGGCACUUACUGGGGUGCAGUAGGCACAUCCUAUUGCGCGGAAAUUGUUGAAUCAGCUGAUGCUUACUUGUUUGCUGGUCCAGUUUUUAAUGAUUACAGCUCUGUUGGUUACUCACUUUUGAUCAAGAGAGAAAAGGCGUUAAUCGUGCAGCCUGAUAGAGUUGUUAUUGGAAAUGGACCAGCAUUUGGUUGUGUCCUAAUGAAAGAUUUCCUCUCUGAACUAGCAAAGAAAGUAAAGAAAAACGAAACUGCUUAUGAUAACUACCGUCGGAUCUUUGUUCCUGAAGGAACUCCUCCAAAACCAGAGCCUAACGAACCUCUACGAGUCAAUGUUCUGUUCCAACAUGUGCAGAAGAUGCUUUCAGCUGAUACAGCUGUGAUUGCUGAGACAGGGGAUUCAUGGUUCAAUUGCCAGAAGCUUAAGUUACCAGAAGGAUGUGGGUAUGUGACUAAUAAAAGCUUAACAGCCUGGUAUCCAUUUUAUUUUGAGUCAUUAGACGGAAAAAGUUCGUGUUGCAGGUAUCAAUUCCAGAUGCAAUAUGGCUCCAUUGGUUGGUCUGUUGGUGCUACCCUGGGUUAUGCACAAUCUGAACCCAAAAAACGUGUCGUAUCUUUCAUCGGUGAUGGAAGUUUUCAGGUUACUGCACAAGACGUGUCGACAAUGAUUCGUUGUGACCAAAAGACUAUCAUUUUCUUGAUUAAUAAUGGUGGUUACACCAUUGAGGUUGAAAUCCAUGAUGGGCCAUAUAAUGUCAUCAAGAACUGGAACUACACUGGUUUGGUAGAUGCAAUUCACAAUGGUGAAGGCAAUUGCUGGACCCAAAAGGUAAGGACGGAAGAGGAGCUGAUAGAAGCAAUCGCAACUGCAACUGGAGAGAAGAAAGAUUGUUUAUGUUUCAUUGAAGUUAUUGUUCACAAGGAUGAUACUAGCAAAGAGUUGCUUGAAUGGGGAUCUAGAGUCUGUUCUGCCAAUGGACGUCCACCAAACCCUCAAUGAGUCUGCUAGAUUAGUUUUUUUCUUCCAGCACUAAUUUCUACUUUUUCAAUAACACCAGAGCCAUAUUAGAAUUCUUUUGUUUAUACUCACUGAUCAGAAUUAAUUACUCCCUCCGUCCCAUUUUAUGUGGCACCAUUUUGUUUUUGAUCAGUCCCGAAAAGAAUGUCAGAUUUCCUCAUAUAGAAAGUAUUUAAAGAUGUAAUUUCUCUUUUACCCUUAUUGAUCCCACUUAAUUUUCUAAUA